AUGGGGAGAUUUGCUCGGCGUUCGCUCUUGUUGCUCGUCAGCUUCCUCAUUUUCAGCAACCUGUGCUACGCUCAAGGUGGCAACAACGAUUCCCAAGACUCAGCAUGUCAAGGCGUCGGUCGCGUGGAGGAUGGAUGUCCGGUGCAAGGCAAUGCUGACUUUUACGGAAUGGGAGUCAGAGUCGGUAUCUACUUCCAAUGGGUCACCUCGUGGCUGGCAAACAACUUCCUCCCCGAAGAGAUCAUAGGCAGCUUGGACACAAACUCGAUCUUCCUUCUUGCACUGUUCUCGACGGUCUUCACCUAUUCCUUGCAAGGGAAUUCCAUUCGCGUGGUCGACGUCUUGCUCAUUCACCAGCUAUGCACGGGCUUCCUGUUUAGCGUCAUGAGCUUGUGGGGUUACAGAACGAUGUACUACAAGACCGAAGGCCCCGGUGGCCGUCGCCAUUUUGGCGGCUUUGGCACCCACUUCCGGCUCGUCCUGAUGUCCGCGAUAACGGCAUACGGCGUUUGGUUCUGGACACGAGGAGUCGACACCCUGGCUACUUGUGAUGGUCGGAAAGCUUGCGGUGGGCUCCAGACGUUCUUCUUCGUCCCUAUGAGUGUCAAUUCCAAGGUGACGAGGAUCAUCAACCUCGUCCUGGCGGUUGGUGCGGCACUCUACUAUGGUGCCAUGGCGAUCACGGCCAUCAUUGCGGGGAUGGUUGCUAUAGCUAGGAAGCUGAGAGGGAAAGAGAUCUAUUGGGAACUGGUUGUGCGUCCGGGCAGAGACGUCAGAUUGAACAGGAGAGAACUGACAAAAUGGUACAUGGUCCUCUCCUGCUUCAAUCUCUGCUGGCUGGUCUUCGCCAUUGUGAGCAUCGAAAUGACGCUCAACAAGAACCACAUACGUAACGUCCUCGGCGCCGGAGGAACCCGUGGAGCUGGGCAGGUCAUCCCCGCUCUGAUCGGAUUGAUCAGCUUCUUUCGAGUCCUCUAUGAGCUAGCCCGUCAACACGUCCCGUGGCUGAAGAGGAAAGAAGACGCACCCGACGCGUACGACCUGAUCUCUCCUGCGGAGCCCAAGGAUGCGAAAGGCCUGGGUCUUACAAAUGGGGCUUACUCUUCAGAUCUGGGUCCCCAGGACACGGGAGGCGUGUCAGCAACAUUAAAGCGCCCACCGACUGUUCUAUAUCCACCGGCUGGCACGACAGGCACCCAUAGACCACCGAGGCAGAAGCGCUCCCUCUCCCACCGAAUCCUCCUCGCCUGGCUGCCCUGGCUGAACAUGUUCAAGUGGGCGCGACAGUCGCUGACCCCAGACCUCAUCCGCAACUCGGCCAUCUUCUCGUCCACAAACGUAAACGCAGCCCGCGGAACGCAAGCGUUUGAAGUCCCCGGGCUCAGGAGAAUGUCUUUUGCCACUCGAGAUCAGGACGCAAGGCAACACCGCCUAGGCCAUGUCCGAGGACAAAGCUCUACAACGACAACGACAACGACAACGGCGACAACCACCACGGACGAGAGUCCGACCACGGCUCUCCUGGCGGCACCAGCCUCGCCGCCCCAGCGAGUACACUCGGUCCGUCAAAGUCAGACUGUAGGACUAAUGUCCGAAAUGACCGACCAGAUUGACAUCGAGCUUACGAGCCAGCAGUGGCAGCCGCAACCCAGAGGCCAUCGUAGGAUGUCGAGCGAUAGUACCGUCGAUGUGGGAGCCUGCGCCUACGAGGGCAGAGGCUACGACGACUACGCAGCGUGA